CCUAUCCGUCAGGAGAAGGAGGAGUAAGAGGAGUCAGUUUUCUUUGAAGAUUGAGGAAGGUAGUGUCGGACAAUUAUGCCAUUCGGAAGAAGUCUUCUACAGAAGAAAAGCCUGUUACGAGUAAGUGGAGAGGAAAGAUCUCCAGAGAUUCUUAUCUCAUUCCAUUCUGGUGGCUCAACCAGUAACCAAUGGCGAAAACUCAAAAAUCCAUGGAUUCCCGGUAGAGCCCUAUUUCGCCCAAGUUGUUUCGGAACCAGAAAAAAGAAGCGGUUUUUCGCACAGCUUGCUCAUAGUGCAGGUCCCACUUGUAUAUCGUAUUUGGCCGAAGAAGCAUCGGACAGGUUGGAGUUCUUACCUUCUUGGGACUCCAUGGACCAAGAUCUGCUUUUAUUAUAUGGUCAAUACCGAUCUACUUUAGUAGAUCAUAUGGAUGUAGAAAAAGCAACUAAUUUGGAUGAAAUAGAAAUAUCUCUUUUCCAUUUCUAUUUACCCAGUUCAUAUCUUUGCUUCGUGUGUUCCUGGGAGGAAUUCGAUCUCGGAAUACCACCUAAUAACUACGGCCAGAGAGUCAAAUAGGUCGGGAAGAAAGAG